AUGCCAAAUUCUUGCACCGAUAGUAGGGAAACUAAUGUAGAAGAAUUACCUUAUCUGGUCGCAGUUGCUGAAGGCAGCUCUGGUAUUGUAUCCCUCGAAAGUGGUUCUGUAGUCGGAGUUCUUGAAGGUGCCUCUGGUUUCGCACCUGUCGAAACCGGUCCUGUUGUCGUACUUGCUGAAGGUGGCUCUGGUUUUGUAUCUGUUGAAAGUGGUUCUGUUGUCGUAUUUCCUGAGGCCAGACUUGUAAUCUUGGUUGUAAAGGAUGGUUCUGGCUUCGUAUCUGUUGAAAGUGGUUCUGUAGGCGUAGUUGUUAGGGGUGGCUCU